UUGUUGUAUCACUUAACUACAAUUCCCAUCAUAUUGCGUUUAUGUAAUCGGAUUUGGCGAUGUUUAUAGUUCAGACACAGGCAAUAGUGAUAUUGGAAUUGAGGUUACGGUGUAGCAUUUCUGCCUCCGAAAACCUUGAUUCGAGUGCUGGAGGAAGUCUGCAGAAAGCAGAAUUUGAACCCCAGAGACUAUGGCUUAAAGUUUCAGAGAACACUUGUGGAUCUUACACUUCAGUGGAGAUUUGCCAACAUUCCGAACAAUGCCAAACUGGAAAUGGUGAGCUGCACACAGCAGCAAGCAUCAGCACAGGACACGGUAAGCCAUAAAGUGCGAGUAGCAUUACAGUUGGAGAAUGGGGAAAGAUUUCAAGGUGAAUUCCUGUGCAGCCAGUCUCUCAUGGACAUCCUGUUGCAGUUUCCAGAGACCAGGGAGCAGCUGGCAAAGGUGGUCUCUGGAUACACUCCUGUUUGCAUUUAUAUGAGGGAUGAGGUGACUGGAGAAUUAGCUUUGAAGCAAACAACUCUACAGUCACUGGGACUUACAAAAGGCAGCGCCAUAAUUAGGUUUGUCGUAAGAAAAUGUGACCAGAGUGUUAAUCAAGAAUGCUCAAAGGGCCAUAGGGAUCUCAAAAUGGAGACACACCCUGUGUGUAAAAAGGAGUGUUCUUUUGCAACUCAAGAAACAAGCCGAGAUCUAGCCAUAUGUGAGGAGAAGAAAUCAUCUUGCAAGGGUCCUGCUGGCUCUGAGGCCAUAGUUGAAACACCAGCCCAGUCACAUGUAAAUUCCAAUGUGCCUGUUGCAGGACCUUCAAGUGCCUUUAGUAAACAGGAAGAAAAACAGACCUCUGAGAGGAAUAUACACCCUAGUGUUACUAAAUUCAUUCCAUUCCAAGGUGGUGGUCAUUGCCUUGGAGGUGCCAGUUUGCAUGCGGGUCCAUCAGAAGAUGGUGUGCCAAGUUCUUCAGCUCAGAAAUCUUUCCAAAGCCCAGGGCCCUCGAAGCCAAAGAAGUCUAAGACAGAAAGGGAAUGUAAUACCCAGCCAGUAGACAGACAACCACUUGUUUGCCACAUGGAUCUGGAGGAAAACACUGCCCAUGAGUCUCGGGAGUUGCCAGAGGACUUUUUUGAAAUCACCGUGGAUGAUGUGAGAAGAAGAUUUGCAGAGCUUAGAAGUGAAAGACAGCGUCUUGAGGAAGCUCCUCUAGUGUGCAAAGCCAGUAGAGACAGACAAGAGCAGGAAAAGCUGGAAAGAUAUUCAAAGGUGGUUUUGAGGGUUCUUUUCCCAGAUCGCUAUGUCCUGCAGGGAUUUUUCCAUCCAACAGAGACUGUUGGUGCAGUAAAAGAAUUUGUGUGCAGUCACCUGGAAGAUUCAAAUAUGCAAUUCUAUCUAUUCAUCACACCACCACGGACUGAGCUGAAGGAUGAUUCCCAAACUCUCUUUCAGGUUGACCUCUUUCCCGCUGCCCUUGUUCACUUUGGAUCACAGAUGACGAGAGAUCAUUACUUGUCCCAGCAGCUACUGAAAGCUCCUAUGUCUCCUUCGCAAGCUGAUAUUGCAGUUGCCAGAGCAAUGCCACGUGUGUCAUCUACUUCUGAAUCACCUGCCCUGGAAGACUUUGCAGGCCUCACUGCAGGUGAAAAUCUCAAAACAGAAAAUGCAAUAGAAAGAAAUGAAGAAUCUAAUGUUGAACCCCAACAGUCUGCCCAGAGAGACCUCGGCAAAGUUCCCAAGUGGUUGAAGCUACCAGGGAAGAAGUGAGGUUUCUUUUCGGAUCGGUACCAUGGCACGUUGGUUCUAACAUCUGUAUGCCAAGUGUUGCUAAUGCUGUCUGCGACGCCCGAUUGAUGAUAGGAGCUUGUAAGCCCUCCUGUUUUUUUAAUGCAGAUAUGUUUUGCAUCAGCUGUGCUGAAAUAUAGAAGAACUUAAGCUUGUAUAUGAAUAAAAUAUUUGAAAUGAUUGCAGUUUUCAUGAUUAUGAUUUUACCAUUGCUUUCCAACUGUAACCAGCAAUGCAAGUGUACCCUAGUAAUAAAGGUAAUUUCCUCAAG